AAGAAAAGUGUGGGUUACAUUACAGAUUCAAUUGGCAGCGGUAACAGACGUUUCGCGGACGCACUUGACAGUGAGUCAGACGAGCAGUGGCAGAAUGACAAAGGAUGACACAGAGAGGUUUCAGCGUGAACAAGAGAAAAUUUGUAAAGUACUGAUAAGUGAAUAUAUCGUGAAUAAUGAGACAGAUGAGUGUCCGCCAACCUUUGAUGGACUACUUUGUUGGCCAAGUACAGUUGCCAAUGCAACAGCUAUACUGUCAUGCCCACCGCAAGCUGUUCUUGGGUAUGAAAAUCCAAACAAUGGCACCUCAACGAAACAAUGUCUUCCUGGUGGGCACUGGUACAAUAAUCCCGCUGGAAUAAUCUGGACCAAUUAUUCCCUCUGUACACCACCCCCCGAUUACUCUGUGACAGGAGUUGAAAGUAUAGACAUCACACAUUCCGAAUUCGCCAAGACCAGCAACUCCACUAUUCUAAUCAAAUGGGUACCAAUAAUAAAAACCAUAGCAAAUGUCGGUUAUGCUUCCUCAAUGACAACGUUAAUCAUAGCCCUGAUAAUAUUUUCACUCUUAAGAAAAUUGCGAAAUCAUCGAAAUCGUCUUCACAUGCAUUUAUUCGUCUCUUUCAUCAUGAGAGCGUUCAUGGCUCUCCUUAAAGACAAAAUCACUGUAGACGGUCUGGGUUCAACUUGGAAUAUCAUCCUGGUAGAUGGAAAAAGUACAUUCGUCACCGAAAAGCACUAUUGGGUUUGCAAAGUAAUUACGAGCGUUUGGCAGUACUUUAUUGUGGCUAAUUACGCCUGGAUCUUUAUGGAAGGACUUUACCUCCACAAUCUUGUCUUUCUCGCAUUUUGCGCUGACACAUCUGCAAUCACUGUCUACAUAAUCCUCGGUUGGGGAUUACCAGCAAUUGUUGUUGGGGUGUGGAUUGCAAUUCGUGUUUUCAUGGAAAACACUUUGUGCUGGACGAUGCACAACAAUCCAAAUUUUUUUCUAAUCAUUCGAAUUCCGAUAAUGAUAUCUAUCCUGUUGAACUUCAUUCUUUUCUUGAAUAUCGUGAGGGUAUUAUUGAUAAAAAUGAAGACCUCUGUACAUCUACAACGCAAGAAAAUGCAUUAUGGGAGGUGGGCUAAAUCGACAUUGGUGUUGGUCCCACUCUUCGGUGCCCAUUACACAAUUUUCAUUGGUCUAUCUUACCACCCAGAUCACCAGGUCGAACUCAUCUGGCUCUUCUGCGAUCAAUUAUUUGCGUCAUUCCAGGGAUGCUUCGUCGCUCUUCUUUAUUGUCUGAUGAACGGUGAGGUACGAGCAGAGAUGAGACGAGCCUGGAGGGCCCAGAGAUCUCGUCGAGGUGCCGAUUCUCUCAUACUGACCCAGAGAAAUUUCGGAAAAACCGGAGAAAAAAGCCGAAGAAGUAUCAGAGCAAAUAAUCCCACCAACACCACUCGGGCUCCAAACUAUCAGCAAACACUCCACGUUUAACUAGACGCUCACGAUGUCUGAGCAUUCUCUGCUCUGCAUGAAUCCAGG